AUGUCAGGAAGAUUACCAUUUCGCCCGUGGGUUUCUUAUAAGGAAAUAACGCAUAUAUAUACAAAUCCUUACAGACCUAAAUUCUUUGUGUUAUGUAUCGAUUUACAACAAAGCGCUAAAAAGUAUUAUGAAAUAUAUAAGUGUAAAACGUCAGCUAAUGUUGAAAGAAUAAAGCAUCUAUUGAUGCAGGCUAUAUAUGAUCCGGACAAAUUACUAAGAAAUGCUUAUGCUUUGAGGUAUGUUACGUCACCGCAAAAAAAUGAAGCAAAUGAAGUAGUGCCAACUAAGGAAGAGGCUGUAGAAGAUCAAGAUAGAACACCUGGAGUUAAAACUGAUGCUGCAGAUACUUCUGUUCCCACCUUACCGACUGUGAGUGUGUUACAAGAUUCACCAGAUCACAUAUCAAUAUCUCCUCUCAAAGAUUCUCCUGAAGUAUGUUUGGAUAACUUACAAGUAAUACGUAUAAGUCAACGUAAACAAGAUUCUGAACAACCAUCUCCAAUCAUACUUUCGUUUCCCCGUGAAAAUUCACCAGAAACUUCUGAGAUACAGUAUGACAUGCCUAUCACUGAGAUCUUGGACAAUGUUUCAUUCAUUUGCUUUGAUCCGCAUGAAGGAUUAACUGUAGGCAAAAGUGGACCUGUCUAUAUGUUUCUGGCACGUCAAGAAUUUCACAUGAAUGGUCUAAUGAGCAGAGAUGGAAGUCCCAUACAAAGUCACCAAGAGGAUAUUUAUUCACCUACAAUAAAAAUUAAAAGUGAAUCACGGGUGAAACAGUUUACCUGA